AGGAAAUACUGAUGGAGGAAGGGGGAUCUUGAGCCAGGGCGGCUGGAGGCUGGCACCGUGCCCCUGUGCCCCACGUGGCGCCAGGUCAGGGCUGGGAAGGGAGUAGGGAGGCACGUCGAGAGAGGAGUCUCCCCUCCUCCCAGGGCUGAGCGGCGGCUCCCCCGGGCGGGGGCGGGGUCGUGGGUAGCUAAGUGGAGAGGGCUGCGGGAAGCAGUGACGUCAGGGCGAGUGGGAGUCCAGGAAGGAGUGUGCGGAGCCAGGGAAGGAGAGGGCGGCAGGACCGGCGGGUCCGGGCCAGUGAGAAGCAAGGGCAAGGAGAGGAGGGAGAAAGGAGAAAGAAGCCGCUACGGAGGAACAUAGGUGGAGGGGUCUUGGGGCUGAGGGUCCAGGUGGGGAAGGAACUGCGGCUUCCUGGAGAAGCUAGAAGAGAAAAGAGAAGGGAAGAGCACGGGAAAGAAGGGGCGGGGGUGGGGUGGAAGGAGGAGACACGAAAGAAGAGUGGGAGAUAGAGGGUGGAGAGAAGAGAGGCACAAGGAGAGGAGACUGCGGGAAGGAGAAGGAAAAGAGAGGGGCCAUUGAGGGAAGUAUGGGAGGAAGGCGAGAAUUAUCUCGGAGAGAAGACAGUCAAUGGAGAAAGAAUUGGUAGAAGGAAAAAAGAGAGGUAGAGGAGAGGAAGGGAAAGGUCAGUUGGAGGUCCUAAGGAGGGAGGAGAGAUCUUAGAAGGAAAGAAGGGUCAAACAGGUGUAGGAACUUGGAAGGGGGCGGAAGUCAGGAAGCAGUCAUGGAGGGGAUAGGCGGAGAGUUGGUGGGACAGGGGAGCUGGGGUCUGGAAGAUGCACCAGGCCUCCUGGCCAGGGCAUCCUUGCCUAUUCUGUUCCCGUGGCCGCUGCCCCUGGCCUCCUCCGCGCUAACCUUGCUCCUUGGAGCCCUCACCUCUCUGUUUCUCUGGUACUGCUACCGCCUGGGCUCCCAAGACAUUCCGGCACUGGGGUCUGGGAGCCGGGCUGGAGAUGUUAGUGGGGGGCCCGGAGGAUGCUUCGAUACUGGCAGGCCAGGCCUAAGGGGUUCUGGGGAUCCCGGGGAAGGACCUGGGGCAGAAGGCCUAGUGAGCCGUCGGCUUCGGGCCUAUGCCAGGCGCUACUCCUGGGCUGGGAUGGGUAGGGUAAGAAGGGCAGCUCAGGGAGGCCCAGGUCCUGGAGGAGGGCCAGGGGUCCUGGGCAUCCAGCGUCCAGGCUUGUUUUUCCUACCAGACCUGCCUUCCACCCCCUUCGUGCCACGGGAUGCCCAGCGGCAUGACGUGGAGGUCCUGGAGAGCAGCUUUCCUGCCAUCUUGCGGGACUUUGGGACAGUGAGCUGGGACUUCUCAGGAAACAGCCCUCUGCCUCGGGGCUGGUCUCCACCUCUGGCCCCCGGGUGCUACCAGCUCCUGCUGUACCAAGCAGGCCGGUGCCAACCCAGCAACUGCCGCCGGUGCCCGGGAGCCUAUCGGGCACUGAGGGGUCUGAGGAGCUUCAUGAGCGCCAACAGCUUUGGCAAUGCCGGCUUCUCUGUUCUCAUGCCUGGGGCUCGGCUUGAGGGCCGCUGUGGACCCACCAACGCUCGAGUCAGAUGCCAUCUGGGCCUGAAGAUCCCCCUUGGCUGUGAGCUGGUGGUUGGUGGUGAGCCCCAGUGCUGGGCUGAGGGGCAUUGCCUCCUGGUGGAUGACUCCUUUCUGCACACAGUGGCUCAUAACGGCUCCCCUGAAGAUGGGCCUCGAGUAGUCUUCAUUGUGGACCUCUGGCACCCCAAUGUGGCUGGGGCUGAGCGCCAGGCUCUUGACUUUGUCUUCGCACCAGACCCUUGAAGGAAAGUGUUCGCUCUGGAGGCCUGAGCUGGAGAGACACUGCCCUUGGACAGCUUGAGUAGUGGCCAGCACCUCUUCUCCACUUGAGGGGAUGAAAGCAGAGUGGGGCUUACCCAACCAGCGCUGAAAUACAAACUCUGAAUCCUCUCAA